CACCGAGUGGCUGUGCCGAAUAAAGGCUGGAAACCCCCGUUCUUCCUCCAAACCACUGGGCUCAGAGGCCUGGAAGAGUUUUGCAACACUCAUUCACCUUCACCCCAACGCCCUGAGCCUGGGGCUGAGCUCAGCCGGGGGAGCCCAAAGCCUGGGAUGGGGUCUGGGGAGAGCGAUGGCUCUGGUGGGAUAUUGGCUGCAGGUGGGGCUGGGAAUGGGGCGGCAGGUGAGGGUGCUCUGCAGGAACCCAUCCAUGGGUGGGAGAGGAGGUGGAGGUGUGCCGGGGUGGGGCUUCUGGUGGAUUUAGCUCCCGAGAGGCUGUGAGGCUGGAUCCAUGCCCUGAGGGCAGUGCAGGGCUGAGCUCUCUGCUGUGCAAUGAGGUAUGUCAGGUCUCUGCAGCUUUCCUUUGGGGUUUCCUCACCUGAGAUCCCCUCCAUGCUGCAGACCUGUGGCCUUGCAUGGUGCCAAAUGGGGUGUCAGGGGUUUUGGGGCUGUGGUGCUGGGCAUGGUUGGCGGGAGGGCUCAGGGAUGCUGAUGCUGGUUGUUUAUCCCUCAAGUCCGGAAACUCACUGGGAAGGAAAGGGAGGGGAGAGCCAGGGCUGCUCCAGCACUGGAGCAGGAGGGAUGUUCCUGGCUGUGCCCGGAGAGAGCCCCAAGACAUCCCCAUAUGUGUGGUCCCUGAUGGUCCUUGACCCCCAGCAUCACCCCUUCAUUCCCUUUCCAGCUCCGUGGUAGCUCUGUAGUGACCAGAAGGAUCAGGGACCUGUUGGUGGCCUGGGACAGGACUGGACAGUGACAGGUCAGUGCUGUGGGGUUGGGGUUUGGGUGCUGCCACGUUGCACCCUUGGCUGUUAUCAUCCUGUUCUCCCAACCUUAGCAUAGACAGAGUGGGGAGGUGAUCUGUGUAAGGAAACAGGUCCUUUGCCCUAGAAAUGGGACUUCCUGGGGAUUUCCUGGCUGAUGCAAGACUGGGCAUGAGAAAAAUGUCCUUGAGCUUAAGGUGCUGCUGCAAAGAGGUUGUCCCUAAGAAGGGACUUUGCUUUAAAGUGUUUGGCCCCUUGCUGGGUCUCUUUGGGUCCAUCAAGACAUCAGCUCUUAGGGACCCAAAGUGUGUGUCUGUAUCUGCCCCCAGAGCUGGGUAGGAUGGGGAAUGCAGGUGGAGGUGGAUGGGUGCUGGAGGUCUCUCACAGCAGGGAGAAGGUGUCCCCACAGCCGGAGCGAACACGUGGGCAUCGCCUCAGCACCCCAACCCCAGCACAGGGCUGCUGGGAGCCUCAGGGCCACAUCCAGCACCUGUCCUGACUGCACCAGCACCCAGCGAGGAGCUGGUGGUGCCACCAUGUCGCAGGCAGAAGGAGGUGAGGAGACGUUUGAAUACUGCGAUGUGGUCAUCAACAGCCAGGAGAAGGUUUCAGACAUGUACACACAGCUGGAGAAGCUGGGAGAGGGGAAGUUCGGGAUGGUGUUCCGCCUGCAGGAAAAAGCCACCGGCAAAAUCCGCGCUGGGAAAUAUUUCCGGACACGGACAGCAAAGGAGAAGCAGGCGGCUCGGGCCGAGGUGGAGCUCAUGAACCUGCUGCAUCACCCGCGCCUCGUGCGGUGCCUCGCCGCCUUCCAGGGCCCCGCCGAGCUGGUGAUGGUGAUGGAGUAUGUGGCAGGUGGGGAGCUCUUCGAGCGCAUCGUGGACGAUGACUUCGAGCACACGGAGCCCAGCAGCACCCAGUACCUGCGGCAGAUCCUGGAGGGGCUGCAGUUCAUGCACGGUCAGGCCGUCGUCCACCUCGACCUCAAACCUGAGAACAUCGUCUGCGUCAGCCCCAGCAGCCACUGGCUCAAGAUCAUUGACUUCGGAUUGGCGCGGAAGCUGGCUCCAGACACCCCCGUGAAGGUGUUGCACGGCACCCCUGAGUUCAUGGCUCCAGAAGUGGUCGCCUUUGAGCCUGUGGACUUCUCCACAGACAUGUGGAGUGUUGGUGUCAUCUGCUACAUCCUGCUGAGUGGGGAGUCCCCUUUCCAGGGGGACAAUGACAUGGAGACACUGAGCAACAUCACAGCUGCCAAGUGGGACUUUGAGGAGGAGACCUUCUCAGAGAUCUCCCAGCAAGCCAAGGACUUCAUCAGCCAACUGCUGCAGAAGGACCCCCGGCGCCGGCUCUCCAGCACAGGGGCCCUGCUGCACCCCUGGCUGCAGCAGCCCCAGCCCUGCAGCACAAAGGCACUGCCCAAGGAGAGGAUCAAGCAGUUCCUGACACGUCGGAAGUGACAGGUACCUGGAGGGGUGGUGAGGAUGUGGGGAUGGGGAUGGAUCUGGUGGUGGGGCUCAGUGCUCCUGCUCUUCUCUCCAGAAAACAGGCAAAGCCCUGCUGGCCCUCAACAGGCUGACCCUGCUGUCCCAGAGCCCGGAGAGGAAAGUGCCGGAGGCUCAGGAUGAGGAAGGUGAUGGCCUUUGAAGCGUUAUCCCCAGUGCACCCCAUCAACCCAUUUCCUCUGCUUUGCCAUCCCCGAGUGGGCUGCUUCCCUCUCCGGGUGCCACUAAACACCCAGCCACGUCCCCACUGUGGCAUUUCUGCUCUAGGCUGGCUUCAGCCCCCUCAUCCUCAUCCCUGAGGGGCGAUCUCUAAUGUAGCCUUGGGAUGGGCACAUCCCACACUUCAGAGCUGGGAUCGGUGUGUGAUCCAGGUUUCUGGAAGCCAGAGCUGAGCCCCACAGAUGCCACGUGUGUUCCUCUAGCAGAGGAUGGAGGCUGAACUCAGCCACCUCCUCACCAUUCCCUCUCUCCAUCUCUUGCAGACCUGGGCUGCAGCCCAGAGGAGGACCAAACCUCUGGAUAUCAGCCCCAGCGAGGUUCCAGCUUUUCGGAGCUGCUGCCAGACAGAGAGGAGGAGGAAGAUGGGAGCUCUGCAGCCACAGGGGAGGCAGAGAGCAGUGUCACUGUGGCCGUGCCACCCCAGCCCUGGACCACCUAGAGCAGCUGCUGAGAGAGGAGCAGGGAGUGAUGGGGAUGAAACCUCCUCCAGCAGCUCACACGAUGACCUGCCCAGCCUGGGGUGGACCCAGAGCCCAGGGCUCCUCUCCCAUGCGUGAGCUCUGAGGUCCCAUGAUAUCCCUGUGCAGCAAGGAACUGUUGCUCCUGCCUGCAUGGCCCCCUGGGCUGUUGCAAUAAAGCACUGAGGAUCUCUGCA